AUGUUUACGCGCCUCUCCCAUCUUGACGACAAAAAGGGAGCGAAGCUCUCUGUCGAGGAGUUGGAAUCUAUCUCUAGUUCCUUCGAUGAGUCCAUCCUCUCUUCCCUCUGUGGCCUGAGCCCCGCCUCUUCCAGCUUGCCUUGGCUCUUCUCUGCUGUUAACGUGCUCACCACUGCUCACUCUGCCGUGAGAUCCUUGAUCUACGAGCUGAAGCCGGACGGUCGCGACAGCCUCUUGUCGUGGUAUCUAGACAACAGCCUGAAGGUCUUAGAUGUCUGCAACCGUAUGUCCUCCAAGAUCGAGCGACUGUGUCUCCACCACCUGGACCAGAGGAUGAUGAUGAACCUUCUUGGCUCGGGGGGCAACCCCUCGAAGGAGGACAUUCACCAAGCGAGGGAUUUACUCGCAAACUCGGAAGGCGAGGGCAUGGCCGACAUCGAGGAGCUGAUUAGAGACUUGGCCACAAGCAUUGUAAUGUCGGCUAUGCGAAGGAAGGACUUGCCGGUCGACAGGGUCGUUCGCCGUGCGGUCCAAGCUGUCAAUUUCUUGACGGCAUUCAUUGCCGGAGUCAUAUAUUCGGCCUUGUGCUCCUCCUCUAGGGCGAUUGCCUGCGUAUACGUCCCAGAGGAGUUCCCUUGGGGCGACUCUGUCCGUGCAAUCGAGUCGACAAUUGUCGUGGAGUCGAGACGUGGCGAGGAAACGGACAAGAAGACACGGGUCUUGGAAGAGCUUAAUGAUGUGGAGGCGCGUGGGAGGCAUGUGUUGGAGGCGAUUGACGAGGUGGUGGCAUCAGGAGGCGAUGGAGAGGUCGUGGGGAGGCUAAGGGAGGCAGCGGUUGGGCUGGAGAAGGCCACCGGGCAGAUGUUGAAAGGGUUAUACCAUCUAAGGGAUGGGGUGAACGAGCUGUUCCUGACAGUAACGAGGAUAAGGAAGGAGAUGGUAAACGAGUUUAGGGUGAGUCUGUGGAAUGAAUCGUUGCCUUAG